AUGUCCUUUGACACAACUGCCGUGAAUACUGGCCGCAUUAAAGGAGUUAAAGAUAAAAGUGUAGCCAGCAAAUUGAUUAAUCCGGAUCAAAUUUCAAGUUAUCUUCUAAGACAAUUAACAGUUCAUCAUCCAAGGAGCGAUUACAAAGAAUUGAUUAGUCUUUGUCUUAUAUUUUUAGAACGCUUUCCGUCAGAAAACAUCGUGUUUGCGGCUCCUGGUGCUUUUCAUCACGCAAGGUGGAUGGCGAAAGCGAUAUAUUCAUUGAAAAUAAACCUUUUUAGAGAACAGUUUCAACUGACAAAUUUUGAAAAGCAAGGAUUCCAUGAUAUUUGUCUAUUUAUUAUAAAUAUUUAUGUGAAAGUGUGGUUGAAUGCCCCGAAAUCUGCACUUGCUCCAAACCAAGAUUUACAAUUGUUAAAAUCCUUGGUAAAUUACAAUAAAGUCAAUAAAUUUAUCUCAGAUAUAUCAGUUUCAAAAUUUAUCAACCACUUAUGGUACCUCAAUCCAGAGCAGGCUGUUUUUUCAUUAUUCGAUGAUUCAUUAAGUAAUUGUGUGAAAAAGAGAAUGGCAACAAAAUUAAUAUCUCAAGCAAAUGAGGAUGAAGAACUUGAUGACUACUGUGAUAUGAAACCACUAAUAAAAUUAAAUGAAGUAUCAGAGAUAUUAGACAAAAAUGUGGACCAUUUUAUUUCAUCACAAUCAAUCAAUUUUUUAAAAAGAUUUAAUAUUAAUGAUCAAUUUUUGCAUACCAAUCCAGAAUUAUGGAGUAAUAACGAAGAAUAUUUGAAGAGUAAAAAGAUUGUAGACGGAUUAAAAGUUACAAAUGAUACAGCAGAGAGGGGUGUUAAAUUAAUAACAGAUUACAACUCAUGUAUUACAAAAGAUGAAAAACAAAAACAAUUUCUUUUGCAGGUAAUUGCUGAAUGUCGGACAAAAUUUCCUUGUUGCUCAAAAGCCUCCUUAUCCGAGCCUCUACCUUUUGAACAAUGA